UCUUGAUGCCACGGCGAUGGUAGCGUGGGCCAAAUUAUUUGGAAAUCCUCUCAAGCAAGAUAUUCACUUUGCCAAGCAAAUGUUUCAAGAGCUAGCUGAUGUAGGGAAUCCAGAGGGUCAUAUGGGACUAGGAUUUUUGUACGCCACUGGUCUAGCCGUGAAUGUUAGCCAACCAAAAGCUCUUAUACACUACACCUUCGGAGCAAUUGGUGGUAAUACCUGGGCACAGAUGGCUUUGGGGUACCGAUAUUGGUCUGGAAACACUGUUGCCACUAGUUGCGAAAAGGCCUUGGAUUUCUACAGAUUAGUUGCUGAUAAGGUGAGUCAAGGUGUGACGUUCGGUGGAGGUGCAGCUAUCCAAAGAAUACGUCUUCUGGAUGAAGUUGAAAAUGGAUAUACAUCGGGGAUUUUAGACAACGACCUCAUUGAAUAUUAUCAAUUAUUGGCCGAGAAGGGUGAUGUCCAAGCGCAAGUGGGCUUAGGCCAGUUGCAUUACCAGGGCGGUAGAGGGGUAGAUCUAGAUUACCAAAAAGCUCUACAUUAUUUUACUCAGGCUGCUAAUGCUGGAAACGCAAUGGCUAUGGCGUAUUUGGGGAAGAUAUACCUCGAUGGAAGUGAUGAAAUUCCAGCAAGUAACGACACUGCUUUCAAGUAUUUUAAAAAAGCUUCUGAUCUGAACAACCCUGUCGGCCUAAGUGGCUUAGGUUUAAUGUACUUAUAUGGAAAAGGUGUGGAGAAAGAUUAUACCAAAGCACAUCACUAUUUUCUUCUUUCUGCUGAGCAGGGAUGGGUAGAUGGACAACUGCAACUUGGAAACAUGUAUUUCAAUGGUUUAGGCGUGAAGAAAGACUACAAAAUGGCGAACAAGUACUUUUCCCUGGCGUCACAGUCAGGGCAUGUACUGGCGUAUUACAACUUGGCCCAAAUGCAUGCUCAAGGGACUGGGAUGCUCAGAUCGUGUCCAACGGCUGUAGAGUUGUUCAAAAAUGUCGCGGAAAGAGGUAGAUGGGGCGAACUAUUGAUGCAGGCCCAUUCAGACUUCAGAAGUCGUCGUUAUGACGAAUCUUUCGUAGAGUACGCUCUUUUAGCUGAACUUGGAUACGAAGUGGCGCAGAGCAAUGCCGCAUUUCUGCUGGACAGAGGAGAGGUACCAAUGUUCACCAAGGAAGACGCGCUGGCUAGAGCACUGCUCUACUGGGGAAGAGCAGCGGUCCAAGGUUAUUCAGCUGCACAGGUAAAACUGGGCGACUACUAUUACUACGGCCUAGGCACGCCAGUGGACUACGAAGUGGCGGCCGCCCAUUAUCAGCUGGCCUCCGAGCAACAACAUAACGCUCAAGCGAUGUUCAAUCUAGGCUACAUGCACGAGCGCGGUCUUGGCAUGCAGAGGGACGCUCAUUUGGCGAAACGAUUGUACGAUAGGGCCGCAGAGACCAGCAUCGACGCUAGGGUGCCGGUGGCGUUAGCGUUGCUCAAGCUGCAGCUGGUCGUUGGACUCGAGAGCUUGCAGGAGUAUCUUUUGCAGACGCCAUUGUACAAUGCGGUGGACUUGAACAGUACUGUGGGCUCCAAUUGGGACUUAUAUUUGAUAACAGCUCUGGCCGCCGUCCUUGGUGGAAUCGUGUAUUUCAGAAGACCUCAACUGCCACAGUGAACUGGGACUCGUGAUAUUCCCUUAUUUAUUUUCGUGAUGUAAAUAUAUGGAUAGACUUAAUUUAAUUGAUAAACACUAGGUUUUCCUUGUUAUUUUUUAAUCAAUAAAAAUAUGUCUCAUUGGAG